AUGGAUGUUCAGAUUUCGAAAAAGUUCAUUGCGCCGGAAUUCAAGAUGUAUGACGGGACCACGGAUCCCGAGGCCCACAUCAAAACGUUUUCAAACGCCAUGGCAUUCAGAACAGGCAACGACGCUAUAUGGUGCCGGGCGUUUUUGUUGUCCUUAGAAGACGAAGCACUGGAGUGGUUUAACUCUCUACCCCCUAACUCUAUAGAGAAUUUUGCCAGCCUAAAACAACUGUUUAACGGGCAAUUUGCGGCCAACAGCACGCAGGACCUGACCAUGUUCGAGUUGGUCACCCUGAAGCAGGGUAAGGAAGAAAUGUUGAGGGCGUUCAUGGACCGGUACCAAAAGACGGUCCGGCGAGUGAAGGCAUUAAGCCAGGAGCUCGACCUCCACUACAUACUCCCGACGCUUAAGCCCGGACCGUUUAAAGAUAGCGUCUGCCGACGGCCUCCGAAAACUAUGGAGGAGUUAAGGGAGCGUGUGAUGGACGAGAUCAGGGUAGAAGAGAUGAAAUUGUCCUAUAAGAAGGAGAGCCAGGAGCUUAGCGGGGAGAGGGUGGACGGGAGAAAGCCCGACAGUUCGGCAGGAAAAUCGAGCGGCCACAGGUAG